AUGUUGCAAGACAUCUGGGCGGUCCCCCUGCAUCUCUCCAACUUCAAUAUCAUAGUCGCCGUAUUAGGUGGCUUCGUCUCCCUCUUUGGCCUUGUAUCUUACCUUAUAAAGGAGAAUUAUUAUCUCUCUGAAGCACUCAUUUCGCUCUUGAUAGGCGUCGCCUUUGGGCCAAAUGCAGCAAACUUCAUCCGCCCCAGGGAUUACGCCGAGUGCAACCAAACAGGAGUCUCGGCUAUCGAGUGCCGCGACAAUCUCAAUGCCAUCACACUCAACUUCUCCCGGCUGGUUCUGGGCAUCCAGCUGGUCCUCGCUGGCGUGCAGCUGCCCAGCAAGUACCUCAGGACGGAAUGGAAGUCAGUUCUGCUGCUGGUCGGCCCGGGAAUGACCGCCAUGUGGAUCACCACGAGCCUGCUAGUCUGGGCCUUUGCCAGGACACCUAGCUUCCUGCACGCCCUCGCCGUUGGCGCAUGCGUAACGCCCACUGAUCCCGUGCUCUCCGCUGUCAUCGUCAAGGGCAAGUUUGCGGACCACAACAUCCCCAAGGAUCUCCAGAACCUCAUCAUUGCCGAGUCAGGUACCAAUGACGGUCUCGGCUACCCGUUCCUCUACUUUGCACUCUAUCUCAUCAAGUAUGUGGGCUCGGGCGCCACGUCUGGCGGCCCUCGUGAUGCUAUGGGCCUUUGGUUCGGCUACACCUGGGGAUACACAAUUCUCCUCAGCAUCCUGUACGGUGCCGUGGUGGGCUGGGUGGCCAAGCAGCUACUGCACUGGGCAGAGGAGCACAACUACGUCGACCGUGAAAGCUUUCUCGUCUUUGCUAUUGCCCUCGCCCUUUUCGUCCUAGGGACCUGUGGCCUCGUUGGCACCGACGAUGUCCUCGCCUGCUUUAUAGCUGGCAACGCGUUUACAUGGGAUGACUGGUUCCGACUGCAGACCAAGGAUGACUCCCUUCAGCCGACAAUCGACAUGCUCCUUAACGUCUCUAUCUUCUUGUGGUACGGCGCCUACUUACCCUGGAGCCACUUCCGUGACAACCCUGUUAUCUCCACCUGGCGCCUCGUCGUUCUUGGCCUUCUAGUGCUUCUCCUGCGACGUCUGCCUUGGGUUUUUGGCAUGCACAAGUGGAUUCACCAGAUCACAGAGGUCAGACAGGCUAUUUUCGUGGGAUUCUUCGGACCCAUUGGCGUCUCUGCGGUCUUCUACCUGCUUGUGAGCAUGGAGUUUAUCGAGGAACAUUUGAGCGACGAGAACGGUGUUCCUCGAAGUGACGUCGAGGACCUUGGUGAAACAAUUCGGGUCGUCGUUUGGUUCCUUGCAGUCUGUAGCAUUGUUGUCCAUGGGCUCAGUAUCCCGCUUGGAAAGCUGGGAUACCUCGCGCCUCGAACGUUUGGCCGGGUGCUUAGCGAAAACCUAAGCGAUGAGCCGCGCGCGGCUGAGGCUCGGCGCAGGAUCCCAGUGCUGGGCAAGUAUCUUGUCAGAAACCCUGGCGAUAUCGAAUCCAGCCGUGUGCAGAGCGCUGCCGUCAUAUCAGGCCCGUCGAACCUUCGCCACCCUCACUCGGAGACAAGUACGCCGGGUAUUGCAUUACAGGCUACUGCCGCAUCAUCGAGUCCUCCGAGCCAAACCGAGGUCGAGUCGGGAACGAUAACUCCAGUCCCGGUUCGUCGUCAGCGGGAGAUUCAGUUCUGUGACGAGACGCAAGUCAGCCCCGAUGGCUGA